AUGGCUACUGAUGAUUAUGAGCCUAUAAAGCUUGAUUUUUCAAAUGAGAAACUAAUGGCCAUCUCAGAGUUAGAAGAAGAUGAUAAGAAGAAAGAGAUAUGGAGGAUGUAUUUUGAUAGGGCUACGAAUGCCAUGGAACAUAGGAUUGGAGCAGUUUUAAUAUCUCUAAUAGAACAUUAUUACCUUGUUACAACAAGAUUGAAUUUCAACUAUACCAAUAAUGUAGCUAAAUAUAAGGCUUGUGUUAUGGGGCUGCAUGUUGCUUUGGACAAAAAAAUUGAAAGAUUAAGGGUGUUUAGGGAUUCAGCUCUAGUCAUUUAUCAACUAAAAGGUGAAUGGAAAACAAGGGAUUUAAAACUUAUUCCUUAUCACAAAUACAUCUUAGAGCUGUGUAAACAAUUCAAAGCAAUUCAGUUUGAACCUUUACCUAAUAAAGAAAACCAGAUUGCAUAUGCCUUGGCUACCUUAGCCGUAAUGGUACGGAUUGGUGAUACUGCUAAAAUUUAG